AUGUCUCAAAAGCACGCUCAAUACAACUUCGGACCACCUCUGCCAGACCUACGGCCUAAAGAGGAUGUAUUGGAAGAUGCCAUCUUCUAUGGCUAUGACCUCGGGUUUCGAGACGCCGAUAUAAAUCAGAACAACGAUUUAGACGCUAUCUCCAAGACAACCUCGAACGGUGAGAGUUCUAUGACUGUCAUGGGUGAUGGACGUGGUGGCUUCCCGCCUCUUCAAUUCAGUGGCAUUGGUUUGCAGAGCAGUGUCCUACCUCGAAUGACAGGGGGCUACUAUGACAGGCCCAUCUUGAUUCGAAUUCCUCGUAAUCUCGAGCCCCUCCCUUUGAAGCUUCAAGACAACCCGAUGAAUCUCUUGUAUUUUCAUCAUUUUCUUAAUCACACAGCCAAGACGUCCCACCGGGCCAAGCUUCUUCGUCAAAGGGAACCCGAGAUGAGAAUCGCCCUUUGGGUCCAAGAUAUUUUCCCCGUCCUCCGCCUCGCGUUGGGUGACAGGGAACAAAUCAUCUCCAACACAAGCCUCGCAACCGCUAUCAUGCUUGCGUCUCUGGAGAUCAUAUCCCCCACGGCAUUCGGCUACGAAAUUCCUUGGCAGACGCACUUGAACCUUGCUCGCGAUCUCAUGCGAAGACGUCUGGCCGAUCUUCGAAGAACCUCUUACAGUCUUGAAGAGGACCGCGUCUGUUCCUUCUUAUGGAGUUGGUUAGCCUACCUAGACGUCUUGGGAAGCCUCAGCGGCGGUACGGGUUCCGACCCAUGUAGGUCAUGGGUACUCGAGUACACAAUGUAUAACAAUGCCGACGACCAGUAUGAAAUCGACUGUAUCAUGGGAUUCACUACGAAAUGCGUUCAGUUGCUUGCACAAGUAUCAGAACUUGCCCGCCAUUGCGAUAUGCAGCGCAUCAGAUCCGAUGGCCAAGCACGACCGGAAUGGAUCCCAGACACUGACUGCGUCCGCCGUGCCCAGCAGCUUGAGCGAGAGUUGAUGGAGAGCAUGACGCAGCCGUCGCAUCCUUGCAGACAUGUGCAGAAUGUCGAGGCUAGGGAUAGGCAGGAAAUGGUGCUGAUGAACGAGGCCUUUCACUGGGCUGGGCUGGUCCACAUACACCGGCGUGUGUUCGGCAAGUCGUCAGGCCACGCGGACGUCCAAGGACCUGUGCAGAGAAUCUUCUCUUGCAUGGAGUACGUCAGGGCCGGAGGCACCGCGGAGACGGGGUUUCUGUUUCCAAUGUUCACCGCUGGGUGUAACACGCUUGACGAGGAUCAGAGGUCGAGGAUUCUUGAGAGGUUUAGGAGUGUGGAGGGCAACGGGAUGACACAGGUCCACAAGGCGAGACGACUGAUGGAGAGAGUCUGGAUGACAGGACAGCCAUGGGAACCACUCUUGUGUACGGAGUUUAUUGGCUGA